CUAGCCGGCGUAAUCGUGCUUGUCCCUUUAAGGGCGUAAAAAAACGACUUCCGUCUGACAGACAAAACAUAUCUAGGCUACAGUAACGGUGUCAAGAGAUUAAAAACCUACCUACUGUAGGUCUAUCUCAUCAACAACCAUGGUGAAGAUAACCUUCCAGUCUGUCGCGGGACAGAAAGUCGAAAAGGAGAAUGACUGCGACAAGACCGACGUUCUGAUCCCCCAUCAGAUGGAUGACGAGGAUGUGGAGCUGCCAGUGCGCCCCAGAAGGUCUCCUCUGAACGGGCUGUGCUGCCUGACCUUCUUCCUGGUGGUGUUCAUGUCCGGCCUGGUGCUGGCCUCCAUCUACGUCUACCGCUGCUACUUCAUACCGCAUAACCCAGAGGAGAACCUGUUCCACUGCCGGGUUAUGUACGAGGACUCUGUGUAUGCACCGCUGCACGGCCGGCAGGAGUUGGAGGAGCGCGUGGGGAUCUUCCUGGAGGAGAACUAUGAGCAGAUCAGCGUGCCUCACUUCGGAGGCAGCGACCCUGCUGACAUCAUCCACGACUUCCACAGAGGUCUGACGGCCUACCAUGACAUCGCUCUGGAUAAGUGCUACGUCAUCGAGCUGAACAUCAGCAUCGUCAUGCCCCCACGCAACCUUUGGGAACUGCUGGUCAACGUCAAGAGGGGGACGUACCUGCCCCAGACCUACAUCAUCCAGGAGGAGAUGGUGGUGACAGGAAAGGUGUACAACAUGCGCCAGCUGGGACCUUUCAUCUUCCGUCUGUGUAACGGCAAGGACACCUACCGCCUGACCCGCAGAGCCAGCCGGCGCCGCAUCAACAAGCGCGAGGCCAAGAAGUGCCAUCACAUCCGUCACUUCGAAAACACGUUUGUUGUUGAGACCGUUAUCUGUGACUAAGUCUACCUUCUCAGUCAGCUCUAACUGUUUCAGCACCCAAAGCAGCCGUAGCACAUUCUUGUGGAUUUACUUUGAGUUAUGUACCAGUUGCACUUUACUAUUUAGUUUCCUCUUCUGAUUCUUAAGUUAAUGUAUUCUAAAUUGUGAUGGUCUCAUUGUGUUUCCCUCAGAAUGUAGCAGCGUCAUUCAACCAGUAAUUAAUUCUGUUACAAAGACUUUUUCCACUCAAGGGAAUUGCAUGAUGCCCUCUGUUGUCAGGGGAGAUGACAGUUUACACUUGUUGUCACGCUGACUGUUUUCCUUUCCUGCUCUUGAGAAGACUGUGCCCUGCCCCCCUCAUGUAACAGUACCCAGUGGUAAGGCGUUGAGUUGACAUCAGCUCUGAUGUUCAACAGGGGCAUUCCUCUUCUAGUUUUCUGUGUCACUCUCGCUGCCUGAUUUCCCCCCACCACCACCACAAGACUGCACUUGCUUCUACCUCUCCUCCUUUCAUCUUUAUCUGUAAGCCUUGCUAGUCAUGUGGACAUAUAGAAAAGUGAACUAGAUCAGUCUUUAGUCUAGCGGUCGUGUGGGUCUGUGUACUAGGGCUUGUUUGAGUACAGUAGACCCCAGACCCCCUGUAGACACCUGCUCCUCAUCCCUAACCUGUGGACAACAUAUUUAUUAUACUAGAUAUUCUUUUUGUCCUGCUAUUUUUGGCACUCAAUGUUUCUGCAAACGCUUUCAAAAUGUCCCUUCUUUAUUCACCUUCUGCAUGUAACUGCUGUUUAGACUACGUUCCUUUAGUCCGGAGUCAGAGACUGGACUGCAGUCAUACGUGCUGACUUGGAGCUCCUCCUAUAUCAGAUGAUUAUAUACCCUGGGUUGAUAUGUAUAUUUUGUCUGCUGGUGAAGUCUAUCUGUGAAUAAAGUAGUUCAAAUGGG